GAAAAAGUUUUCAUCAACAGCCGCCAUUUUGCGCUGGAGAGACUAAGAAGAAUUUAGGAAUUUGUCGUGUAAAUUUUCUGUUUUUUUCUUACAUCAUACCAUUAUAAACUGUAUCAUUCCGUGUAUUUUAAUGUGUUAAGUGAAAUUGCGUAGUUUGAUCAAAGAAAUAAAUUUCAUAAAGUAGACAAAUCUGGUGAUAUUGUUUUCAUUUAUUGUGCUAGUUCCGACGGAAGAUGGUGAGAGGGUCUGUGUAGCUCUUCGAUUCGGAGCUUUGUAAUGGCGAAUACUUGAGUGAGAAUUAUAAUAUGUGCCUUCUACGAUGCGAAGGACAUCGAACGAUUGUGAUGUGGGUGAAUUAUAUUAUGAUGAAUGACAAAUCUCUUUAAAAUGUUAUUUCUUGAAGAUAUAAGACAUAAAAGUGUUAUUUGAAUCGGCGGGCCGAAAUAUUCACGACGGCUUACGUUUAGUAAACAGAGCCAUGGCCGAUGAGCCGCCUAACAAGCGGCCGAAGAUGAUCAGGGACCCUUUUCAGGGUCCCUCUGACUCCACGGCUGAUGGAUUCUCAAACCUUGACAUGUUUGACCUCGAAAAGGACCUCCCUGAUGAAUUAAUGGGAGGUCCAUGGGGUGAGCAGCCGGGAGUUCCGGGCCCCAAGCCCCCGGCGCAAGGAUUGGGGCCUGGGCAAAUGGCCCCUCAGCAGCAGCUCAAUGGAGAUGAUCCUGCAGCUGCUAUGCACAGACAGAUCAAUAAUCAUCUUUUACAAGUCUUUUCACAGGGCAACAAGAGUGGCUUAGUUGGCCACAACAAUCCUUUAGGAUUGAGUAGUUUAGGCAGUAAGAGUCCAAACUUACAGUCACCUCCAAAUGUGUCUGUAUCAAAGGACCUCAUGGGUGGCAUGCACCAAUUAAUGCCAAAUACGAGUCACCCAAAUCAACUACAUUCGACAAUGCCGAUGAGUUCAAUUCAAGGCGGCAUGAACGUCACAAACGUUGGGAAUAUGAUUGUGACAAAUAGUAAUAUGACUGGAGCAGGGAUGCUUGGAAGUGGGAUAAUUAACAAUGUAAACAAGCAGCUGCCGACACUGAUGGGCAACAGCCAUCAUGGGACACAUCAUCCUCAUGCACAGAACGGUAUUUUACAGGCGAUACAAAACGGGCCCAUCGGUGGACGAGUAGGCGGGGUUGGGAUGCAGGCGCCGAAUAUUCGCGCUCCAUUACAGCAUCACCCCCGAAUGCAAGCGCCAGGUGGCGGCGGUCAUCCGCUUGCUCCAUAUCAUCCAACGUACGGGCAGUCUGCAACAGGAGCCGGUGCCGCGGCGGGGGCUCCGCUACCACAAAGACCCGCCGGUGUCCGGUUCGGUCCGUCGGGCGAGAUGGGAGCUGGAGGAGGCGGGGCUGCCGCUGCUGUCCCUCCCGCUCCGUCACCGCAGACUCCCGGGGCUCCGGCGGGGGGCCAGUCGCAACCGCAGGCCGCCACCCAAGCUCCUGCUCAGCAACCUGCCGGCCCUCAGCAACCUCCCGCCGGUUCCAUUGCAGACCCAGAAAAACGUAAACUUAUUCAGCAGCAGCUUGUUCUACUGUUACAUGCACACAAAUGUCAACGACGCGAGUCUCAGUCAAAUGGAGAGUCGUGGCAAUGCUAUUUACCUCAUUGUAAAACAAUGAAAGGUGUACUAAAUCACAUGAUGUCAUGUCAGGCUGGAAAAAGUUGUACUGUACCGCAUUGUUCGUCGUCGCGACAAAUUAUCAACCAUUGGAAACAUUGCAACAAAAAUGACUGUCCUGUAUGUUUGCCUCUGAAACAAGCGGACCGAACUCGCAGCAUAAACGCCGCGGCGGGAGGACAGGCUCCCCACGUGACCACCGGAGUGGCGAGUGGGGUGACGGGCGGCGUGGCCAGCGGGGUGGGUGGCGGCGGAGGCGCAGGCGGCAUGGCCAGCGUCGGCAUAGGUGUGGGCAGCGGCGGCACUGUGCAAGGCACGAUAGGCGUCGCGCAACAGUUGAGCGCACCUACGCAAGAGGCCAAUAUGAAACGCGCAUAUGAGGCGCUUGGUAUAACGUGCCCCACUUCUGUGCCGAACAUGGGCGGUGGAUUUCCUCGCGCCCCUGUGCGUAUGCCGGCCCCGCGCCCUCCUCCGCUCACGGACGUGGUGCCGCAGCAACAGACGCAGUCCGUACAGUCGCUGUUCUCGCACCAACCGCAGCCGGACAUGCAGACGCAACAACAGCAACAACAACCCCAGCAACAAACCCAGACGCAGCAGCAACAACAGCAACAACAACUGAAUAUUAUUUUAACUCAGAUGGGGACGGGAUCCCUCCAGCUCCCGGGUGGAGCCGUGACCGCCAAUCCAGUAUCGGGAACGAAGGAGUGGCACCAAUCGAUCACGGCUGAUCUCAGAAACCACCUAGUCCACAAACUGGUUCAAGCGAUAUUCCCGACACCAGACCCAUCGGCGAUGCUCGAUAAACGGAUGCACAACUUAGUAGCUUAUGCUAGAAAGGUUGAGGGUGACAUGUAUGAAAUGGCAUGUACGCGAUCAGAAUAUUAUCACUUGCUAGCUGAGAAAAUCUAUAAAAUUCAGAAAGAGCUAGAAGAAAAAAGACAAAAAAGAAAAGAGCAACAACAGUUGGCCGCCCAGGCUGCACAGCAACAAGCGCAGCAGCAGGCCCAGUCACAGGUGCAGCUUCAGCAACAAGGUGUUGGAAGUGCAGGCCAGGUAGGCGGAGGUGUUGGCGUGGGCGGCGCUGCCAGGGCGGCACUGGGCCGUGGCGGGCUGGCCGGGACCGCACCUCUCGGCAUGCGCAUUCCUUCGCCCGGCAUCGCACUCUCCAUGCCCACGGCAAGACUGCCCUUCCAGAAUAACCUUGUGGGACCGCCCGGACCUAGUCCCAACCAGAUGGGUCAAACGUCGAAUGGAAGUGUGGGUAGUGUGGGUGCGCCGGGCAUGUCGCCGUUCGGGUCGUUGACCUCCCCCGCCCCCCACUACGCGCAGACCAACGGACCCGCGCCGCUUGCCUCCCCCACGCACCAACACAUCGACACUAACAAGUGCGUGCGUGGCGGUGCGAGUCCGUUCGUGGGAGUGAACUCGCCCGCGCCCGGCACCCCCGCCACUCCCGCGCGCGCCUCCCCCGCGCCCGCCCGCCACCUGCCGCCGCCGCCGCCCCCGCAGCCGCAGCACCACCCGCUCGUGCAACACGAACAGAGUCCCCAACAACAAGAAGAAAUUCGUGUCAAACAAGAACCAGAGGAGCCUCGGAUUAAAGAAGAACCCGAGGAUGACUGUGGCGGAAAAGGAAUGCGGGAUGAGAUUGUUUCUCAAAAAGAUUCAAGCGAACCGGACUUCAUGGUUAAACAAGAGAUCAAGCAAGAAAUUAAACAAGAAGCUAAACAAGAAGUCAAACAAGAAACUAAGCUGGAAGUCAAAGCGGAGAUCAAAGAAGAACCCACGGAGAGCACUACUGACUUGAAUAAUGCCGACCGAGGGACGAGGAAGAUCUUUGUGUUCAAACCCGAGGACCUGCGGCAGGCGCUCAUGCCCACACUCGAACAAAUGUUCCGACAAGACCCCGAGUCCCUGCCCUUCCGCCAGCCCGUCGACGCGCAGGCGCUGUGCAUCCCGGACUACUUCGAUAUCGUCAGUAAACCGAUCGACUUGUCCACCAUCAAGUCGAAGCUGGACCGCGGCGUCUACAAGGACCCCUGGGAGUAUGUCGACGACGUGUGGCUGAUGUUCGAGAACGCCUGGCUCUACAAUAGAAAAAAUUCUAGAGUUUACAGAUAUUGUACUAAGCUAUCAGAAGUAUUCGAGCAGGAGAUUGAUCCCGUGAUGCAGAGUUUGGGCUAUUGUUGUGGACGAAAAUACACAUUCAAUCCCCAAGUGUUAUGCUGUUACGGCAAACAACUGUGUACCAUCCCGAGAGACGCCAAGUACUUCAGCUACAAGAACAGAUACACGUUCUGCCAGAAAUGCUUCAAUGAGAUCCAGGGCGACACCGUGACGCUCGGCGACGACCCGCUACAACCGCAGACUGCUAUUAAAAAGGAUCAGUUUAAAGAAAUGAAAAAUGACCAUUUGGAACAAGAACCGUUUGUUAUGUGCAUGGACUGUGGCAGGAAACAGCACCAGAUCUGUGUAUUACACCAUGAUUCGAUAUGGCCCCAGGGCUUCUGCUGUGAUAAUUGUUUGAAGAAGAAGGGGGGCAAACGGAAAGAGAACAAGUUUAGUGCGAAGAAACUGCCCACCUCUAAACUUGGCAUUUAUAUUGAAACUAGAGUCAAUAAUUUCCUAAAGAAGAAAGAGGCUGGUGCCGGUGAAGUGCAUAUCAGGGUUGUCGCCUCUUCUGAUAAGAUAGUAGAAGUGAAACCAGGAAUGAAAACAAGAUUCGUAGAGCCUGGUGAAUUAUCUCCCGAAUUCCCGUACAGGGCCAAAGCUUUAUUUGCAUUUGAAGAAGUUGAUGGGACUGAUAUUUGUUUCUUUGGUAUGCAUGUGCAGGAAUACGGCAGUGAGAGUCCGUCACCCAAUACGAGGCGCGUUUAUAUAGCAUAUCUAGACUCGGUACAUUUCUUUCAACCGCGUCAGUGCAGGACGGCAGUGUACCAUGAGAUUUUAUUAGGAUAUUUAGAUUAUGCUAAGCAACUCGGUUAUACCAUGGCACACAUAUGGGCGUGUCCGCCGUCGGAGGGAGAUGACUAUAUUUUCCACUGUCAUCCACCUGAACAAAAAAUUCCAAAGCCCAAAAGGUUGCAAGAGUGGUAUAAGAAAAUGUUAGAUAAAGGAAUUAUAGAGAGGAUAAUAUUAGACUAUAAAGACAUUCUCAAACAAGCAAUGGAGGACAACAUCUCUUCAGCGGCUGAGCUGCCGUAUUUUGAGGGCGACUUCUGGCCGAAUGUACUAGAAGAGUCCAUAAAAGAAUUAGAUCAGGAGGAAGAGGAGAAAAGAAAGCAGGCAGAAGCCGCCGAGGCAGUGAUAUUCCAGUCGUCAGAGGAGAACGAGCAGGGCCCUGAUGGUAAGAAGAAAGGCCAGAAGAAGGCGAAGAAAUCAAACAAGUCAAAGGCGGCCCAGAGAAAGAACAGCAAGAAACAAAGUGAUCAGCAACAGGGAAGUGAUCUCAGUGCAAAAAUAUUUGCAACCAUGGAGAAACACAAGGAAGUGUUCUUCGUUAUAAGGCUACAUUCCGCACAGUCUGCUGCUAGUUUAGCUCCUAUCCAAGACCCUGAUCCAUUAUUAAAUUGUGACCUCAUGGACGGUCGUGACGCGUUCUUAACCAUGGCGCGAGAUCGACAUUACGAGUUUUCGUCGACAAGAAGGGCGAGGUACUCGACGCUAUGCAUGCUGUACGAGCUGCACAACCAGGGCCAGGACAAGUUCGUGUACACGUGCAACAGCUGCAAGUCGCACGUCGAGACCAGGUACCACUGCACCGUCUGCGACGACUUCGACCUGUGCGUGCCCUGCUACGAGAAGGAGGGACAUCCGCACACCAUGGAGAAGCUCGGCCUCGACAUCGACGUGGGCUCCUCGCCGGGAGACAUGAAGCAAGCCAACCCGCAGGAGGCGCGCAAGCAGUCCAUCCAGCGCUGCAUCCAGUCCCUGGUGCACGCGUGCCAGUGCCGCGACGCCAACUGCAGGCUGCCGUCCUGCCAGAAGAUGAAGCGGGUCGUCACCCACACCAAGAUCUGCAAGCGAAAGACGAAGGGCGACUGUCCGAUCUGCAAGCAACUGAUAGCGCUGUGCUGCUACCACGCCAAGCACUGCACGGAGUCGAAGUGCUCGGUGCCGUUCUGCAGCAGCAUCAAGCAGAAGCUGAAGCAGCAGAAGGUGCAGCAGCGCGUGCAGCAGGCCAAGCUGCUGCGGCGGCGCAUGGCGGCCAUGAACACGCGCGCCGCCCCGCCCUCCUCCCCGCCGCCGCACGCGCUCGCCUCGCCGCCCCCCUCCAAGCCCGCCGCCACGCACGUGCCGCACAACGUGCAGAAGGCGCUGCAGCAGGUACAGGAGGAGGCGGCGCGACAGCAGGCGCCGUCGUACGGCAAGCAGGGCGCCAUGGGGCCGCCCGGCGCCGCCGCCCGCGCCGACUGGGCCGCGCGCUACCGCCCGCCGCCGCCGCCGCCGCUGCACCACGCGCCGCACCUGCCGCGCCCGCACCACCUGCACGCCGCGCAGCCCGCGCCGCCCGCCAUGCAGCAGCAACAGCGAGGCGCGAGUCCGGCCGGUCCGCAGCCGCAGAUGCACCAGAAGGCACUUCAGCAGCUGAUGGCCACGCUGCGCUCGCCCAGCAGUCACAACCAACAACAGGAGAUAUUGCAAAUACUCAAAUCCAAUCCGCCGCUGAUGGCCGCCUUCAUAAAACAACGACAGAACGCGCAAAAUCAACAAGCGGGUGUAGGAGGCGUGGGCUCAGUGGGCGGGGUGUGCGGCGUUCCUCAGCAACAAGCGCCGUUGCAGCACAUGAUGCAGCCGCAGCAGCAGCAGCGACUGCAGCAGAUGCACCAGAUGUUGCCGCAGCAGCCGCAGGUGGGUGGUGUGUCAGGAGUGGGCACAGUGGGCGGCGUGUCCAACGUAGGCAUGAGUGCAGUCGGCGCCGGCGGCGUGGGGACCGUAGGCGGCAUGGCUCAUAGUGCUGCCGGCGGUUGGUUUAAGCAAAACGCGGCGGCCGGCGUGGGCAUGAUGAGCAUGCGUGGUGCAUACGGCGGAGUGGGCGGCGUGGGUGCGGUGGGCGGAGCGGCGCGGCUGGGCGGUGCGGGCGCGCGCUACAGUUUCGUGGGCGGCGGCGUGGGUGGUGUGGGCGGCGUGGUGCAGCGGUCGCCGCCCGCCACGCCGUCGCCGCGCCCGCCCACGCCCUCCGAGCUCCACCUGCUGCGACAGUCGCCCGCACCGCCCGCGCCGCAUCCGCCGCCCGACGACCAACUUCCGCCCAUGACGCCGCAGGACCAGCUCACGAAGUUCGUCGAACAGUUGUAGUGUAUAUAGCAGAGGCGCGCGGUGCCGUCCUGUAAUAUAUAAUGUAAUGGCGGCGCGCGCGCUCCCCCACCCUCCCCUCCCCUCGCUUCCCUUUCCUUGUUCCCGAGCCCUAUUUAUUGUCGAUGAGUUGUGUUUUUGCGACGCGAGGGACGUAAAUUAAGUAUUACGGUGACCGAAUCGAGAGCUCAAUGUACAAAAUGUAAAUAUGAGAGGAGAAACGUCCUGUCCGCUUCUGCGUAAUUGUAAGUUGUUCGUAGUGUAGGUACAUUAUGAUACUUAUUCUGUUUAUUGUAAUUAAAUCAUUUUAUAAUAUAAUUAUGUGAUCAUUAUAAAAAGUUGUUUUAGUUUUUGAACCCAUAUACUAAGUUAAGUGUUUGAAUAUUCAAGUUGAACUAAUGAAAAGAUUUUUAUUUGACAGCACAAAGGAAACGUAGGUCAGGAUGUAGGAACGUACGUAGUCGGUCUGACGAGCGCCCUUCUGAAUUAGUUAAUAACUCCACCGCUGUAAAACAUUAUAUACAUAAUAUACAAUCGUAAUUAUUGUUUUACGAGCAAAUACAGUAAAGCAGUUGGAUGCGUACGUUUUUGUUUGUCACGCAAAAAUUGGGUUACAAUGUUGUUACGAACACGUUAAUGUUAAAAGUGUUGCCAUGUGAAAAUUUGUUCAAAUUUUUUUGAAGUUAAUCUUGGAUAUGCCAAGUGUGGAAUUUUGAAUGUAUGAUAUGAAUUAAAAUGUGUUCAUAUCAUGUAACAACUUUGCACUAAUAAUAGUUUGAACAUUUUUGGUACAGCUAUGUAUUAAGCUCCUCUCAGAAUAUUAACAUGUAAUUUUUGAGGAAUUUUGAAACCCUCAGUUGAAAGUCAAAGAAGCAUAACAUCCAGCGGUCUAAUUCACGCAACAGUUAAAUUAUUUUGUGCUUUAACAUGUUCUAUUUUAUUUGAACAGAAGAUUUUUGUUGUUUUUGUACGAUGUAUAAUUAAGUUAGAUAGGCAGAAUACUCUUUAUUGUCAACACGGUGGUUCGGUGAUGUACCGAUUGCAAAAACAAAACUUUAUAAACUGAUGAAACGAACAAAAGAGACUAUUUUUUUACAAAUAUUACAUGUGAAAUGUAUGUCAGCUCCAUAUAUACAUUUGUGAUAUGAAAAGUUAGGAAAUAGGAAAAAAAUAUUAGACUACGUCAUAAUGUUUAAGUAAUUAUCUUAAAGCCGGUUAUGUUUCAGCGUUGCAUCUUAUUUUGUUACAGCCUUUAUUAUGAAAGAAUGGAUUUAAUAAAUGGAAACAAAAGUUGUUUUUCUUAUAACUUUUAAUAUUACUUUCCAAGGUCUGCUACAGUGAAACAACAAUGUAACUUUAUCCCACAGAUUUGUUGCACAGAAAGUCUUAAAAUCUAACACAAAUUAAUGAAUACUAGUAAGGUAGUAACGUAAAUAAUUUAACUUAAAGCACGGCGCGGGGACGUGACAUUUUGUACUUUAGUUAUUUGCAGGAAAAUUAGUAACAAGUUAUACACAAGACACAAUAUGAUCCUAGGCUUACACACAUUUUUGUCAAAUAUGGACAAUCCGUUAUUUUUCCUUUCAGUUGCAACACUUAAAUCUCCUAACUAAGUACCUUUAAAUGGCAUUAGUGUAAUGUUUUUUUUUUUUUACAUAGCAGCACAUUUAAAUUAAUUUUAUGACCGCAUUAAAUAACUUAAAACAUUUCGACAUUAGGUAAGAUUUUUGGAUUGGAAUAAUUCAACUGAAAAAUGAUCUAGUCUAGAGGAACAAAUAUAAGUAUCCACAAAUUCGUAUAAAAGCGAUCCUUAUUUCUAAUGUCGCGAUGUUAUAAUAAAACAGUGAAUUUAGUUUGCUAGUUUUUAGGGAAGCAUUAAAAAAACACACGGGCUGAAUUGAGAGCUUUUUCAUGUUUUUCAACCUGCCCAUUUUAAUUUUAUAUUUAAAACACUGCUGCUUAACAAAAAUUUCGAUUAAAGGAAUGUGUAAUAAAUGAUUUUGUUACAUCCCUCGGAUAUCAUUAAUAUGCCAUCAUUCAGUCUUUCAUUUCAUAGAACUGUUAUUAUUAUAUACAAAAAAUAUGCAAUAAGUAAAAACAGCUAACAUUGAACUUGUUAUAACUUAUUUACAAUAAACAAAUUUUUGACGAUUUAUAUUUAUUGAAUAACUACGUUACGUUUUAAGUAAUUCACCCAACAGACAAACCAAAACGAUUUCCGCAACUUGACUGACACAGGUUUUUAUGGCCUUAUUGCAUGUUCUAAUCCAAUUUGAAAAAAAA